AUGAAACAUCUCACAAAUCACAACAUUAAAAACAGAAUCUCAUUUCACAACACCAGAUUCCUUUCAUUUCUCAUUCCUUUACAAACCCCACAAAGACAAUCAAAUUUCAACCCAUAUAGUUUUCUCAAUGACUCAACAAAAUCCCACGACCUUACACUUCAAGAAACCAAAAUCAUCCACACCCGUUUCCUCAUAUCCAACCUUUUCAACUCCAAUCCCGAAAUUCCGAAUUUCUUGUUGCGAAACUAUUCUAAAGCUUCGGCUUUUGAUUAUGUACUCAAGGUGUUUGAUGUAAUGCCUCAUCCAAAUAUUACUUCUUGGAAUCUUGUUAUAUCAUGUCAGAAUCAAAACUUUAGGUAUUUAGAUGGGUGGGAUAGUUUUUGUAAAUUGCGUUCGUUGGGGUUUAAUCCGAAUCAGUUUACGUAUGGGAGUGUGAUUUCUGCUUGUAUUGGUUUGGAGUUGGUGAAUGGCGGUAGGUUGGUUUACUCGUUAGCGUUGAAACAUGGGUUUUCGUUGGAUGGUUAUGUACGUAGCAAAAUGAUUGAUUUGUUUUUGAAAUGUGGCGGUUUUGAUGACGCUUUGAGGGUGUUUUAUGAUGAGGAUUGUGGGAAUGUGGUUUGUUGGAAUGCUAUCAUUUCUAGUGCGGUUAAACGUGAUGAAGAUGAUGUCGGAUUAAAUCUUUUUCGACAGAUGUGUAGUGGAUUUCCUUCACCAAAUAAGUUCACAUUUCCUAGUGUUUUUGCUGCUUGUGCAAAAAAACAAGAACUUGGGUUUGGCAGAGGUGUUCAUGGGUUGGUAGUUAAAUAUGGGAAACUGGAAGAUAUAGUGGUAGGCACUGCUAUAGUUGAUUUCUAUGCCAAAUGUGGUCAAAUAGACGAUGCUUUGAAAACGUUUUCACGAAUGGAUGCUCGGAAUGUGGUUUCAUGGACUGCUAUCAUCACUGGUUUUGUUCAAAAAGGCGAGUUUCAAUCAGCACUUGAAUUAUUUAAAGAAAUGAUAAUUUUGAAGGAAGAAAUUAACAACUACACUGUUACUAGUGUGCUUUCAGCUUGUGCUAACCCUAUGCUGUUUAAUGAAUCCUGUCAAAUUCAUUGUUGGAUUUAUAAAAAUGGAUUUUAUUCAGAUUUGACGGUAAAGAGUUCUUUGAUAAACUUAUAUGCAAAAACAGGAAGAAUAGAAUUAUCGGAACAAGUAUUCAGAGACAUGAAAGGAUUGAUGAAUCCAAGUAUAUAUGGAGCAAUGAUAAACGCUUUUUUUCAUAAUGGCACUUUGGAUAAUGGUUUUAGUUUACUACAACUAAUGUUUCGUGAAGGCUUGAAACCAGAUACAACCUGUAUACUGAGUCUCCUGAGUAUUAUUGAUCAUCUAGAAUUAGGUGAACAAGUUCACUCCUAUACGCUUAAAACCGGCAUAAUCUUGAAUCCCUUAGUGAGUUGUUCUCUUUUCACCAUGUAUUCGAAAUGUGGUAGUAUAAAUGAAUCCUAUGAGAUAUUUAAGCAAAUCCAACAUAAAGAUAAUGUCUCCUGGACAUCAAUGAUUGCGGGAUUCACUGAACACGGGUAUGCAUAUCAAGCUAUAGAGUUAUCCAGAGAAAUGCUUCUUACAAACAUCACUUUCGAUGAAACAACACUAACAGCUGUCCUUGCAGCAUGCUCCUUUCUCGGAGUUUUGAAAAUUGGAAAAGAGAUCCAUGGAUUGUGUAUUAGACAACAAGAUAGUGAACUUGUAUAUGGUGGUAGUUCAGUAGCUAAUAUGUAUUCAAGAUGUGGUGAUUUGAAAUCGGCUAGAAGAGUGUUUAGCAUGAUGCCUUUUAAGGAUAAAAUAUCAUGUUCUUCAUUAGUUUCCGGAUAUGCACAAAGUGGAAACACUGAAGAGGCACUUCAUUUGUUUCUUGAUCUAAUAGCAUCUGGUUUAAAGGUUGAUUCCUUCACAAUAUCAUCUGUUGUAGGAUGUGUAGGAAAUCUGGCCCAUUCAGACCUGGGAAUCGGAAUUGGAAUUCAGUUGCAUAGUUAUAUCCUAAAACUUGGAUUUGAAUCAGAACCUUCUGUUGGUAGUUCGUUGGUCAAGAUGUACUCAAAAUGUGGAAAUCUUGAUGAUUCUCAAAAAGGAUUUGACCAGAUCAUUGAACCAGAUUUAAUUAGCUGGACGAUUAUGAUCAACUGCUAUGCACAAUACGGAAAAGGAUUAGACGCUUUAAAAGUCUAUGAACUCAUGACGAAAGCUGGAACCAAACCAGAUUCAGUGACUUUUGUUGAUGUGUUGACUGCGUGUAGCCACGCUGGUUUGGUUGACGAAGGGUAUUCUCACUUGAAGUCAAUGGUCGAAGAACAUGGAAUUCGACCUGGCCAACGACACUAUGCAUGUAUGGUGGAUAUUCUUGGCCGAAAUGGAAGAUUGAAGGAAGCUGAAAGAUUUAUUAGUAGUAUGCCUAUUGAACCAGAUGCUUUAGUAUGGGGGACUUUGCUUGCUGCUUGUAAAGUACAUGGAGAUGUUGAAAUUGGAAAAUUAGCAGCCGAAAAGUUUAUUGAAUUGGAGUCAUCAUCAGAUGUAGGUUAUGUAGCUAUUUCAAACAUAUGUGCUGAUUUUGGCCUAUGUGAAAAAGUCUCGAAGAUCAGAAAUGAGAUGAAAGGUACUAGGAUUAAGAAACAGUCAGGAUGGAGUUAUGUAUAACGCUUAAUAGUUAAUAGAGGGAUUCUUUUUAGUAGCGUAUAUACAAAAUUUUGGCAGCGUAUGUGCACCACUAUUUUUGUUUCAGUGGUCAUCUCAAUACCACAUACAAGCUCUACAACCGCUUACAGUGAAUGCAGUAUU